AGCCGCUGCUCGCCGGGCCCGGUCCAUACCGACGCCGAGUGACCGAGCCGGGGACGCCAAGGGGCGCUGUGACCGGGCGCCGGCGGGUGGGAGGACGGACCGGAAGUGCCCGGCGCGGCUGCGGAGUGCGCCUGAGCCCUGCCACCCCCGCGGCAUGUUCCUGGCGCGCCUGACUUCCCAGCUGGUCAGAGCGGUGCGUGGGACAGGCUGCCGUCGGCCCUGGCCUCUCUCAGGGGCGCCGGGCAGCCAUGCUUGCUGGUCCCCAUACAGCUUGCAGACAGCAGGCCCAAGUAGGGCUGCCUCCCUCCCUGGCAAGGGGGCCCAGCUGGAGCCGGAGGAGUUGCUGGUUCCCAGGAAGAUGGCCAUCAGCCCACUGGAGAGUUGGCUGACUGUGAGAUACCUAUUCCCCAGACUUGAUGCGGGAGCCCCAGUGUCUGGGGCUCCCGCCCACUUGUAUGAGUGUCCACCAUCUAGCCAGGUGGAGGAGGGAAUCUCUCAGGGGGACAAAUACACACCUCCGAUGCAGUGCAAAAAUGUUCUGAAGAUCCGCCGUCGGAAGAUGAACCACCACAAAUACCGUAAACUGGUCAAGAGGUCUCGGUUCCUUCGGCGCAAGGUUCGGGAAGGACGUCUGAAACAGAAGCAGAUCAAGUUUGAGAGAGACCUGAAGCGCAUCUGGGUGAAGGCAGGCCUGAAGGAAGCCCCUGAGGGAUGGCAGACCCCCAAGAUCUAUGGAAAGAAUAAAUGAGCCUGGGAUCACAUUCUCCUGCUCUACCCCAUGGAUACUAGUUACUUGUUUUAAUACGAUGUGGGAGAACUCAGU